UUCGCCUCUUUAUAGAGUCUCGCGCGCUGUGUGGAACAGUUUAGAUUUAAAUGGGUUGUAACGGUUCGGGAACAUCGGUUCCGGUUCUAAAGGAGAAACAGGAGAACUCUGAUAAACCUGAUGACAGAUCCUUCUGCUCUUUUCGAGAUGGAGACUGACCUGACUAAUUUCAACCUCCCAAUCAACCACAACAACUUUCCGGCCAAGUUGUGGUGCUUAGCUAACAGCCCCAACACCCUCUCCAUUAGGUGGGACCCAAGUGGGAAAACUGUCAUCAUUGAUCAGCCCCUGUUUGAGGCAGAGUUUCUUUCUCCAGAAACAAAGACCCGCAGUGCAUCUCUAGAGUUUUUUAAAACCACCAACUUCACCAGUUUUGUUCGGCAGCUCAACCUCUACGGUUUCCGAAAAGUUGCAGUAGAUGCAGACAGCUUGGAAAAGUACUGCAAACCAGCCAGUGACUGUGCCCAGCACCAUUUCCACAACCCUAACUUUAAGCAGGGCCACCCAGAGCUGCUGGCCAAUUUAAAAAGACUCACCAGCGCUAACAAGGCCAAGAUGGAAGCCGGUUUAAAAGUGAGCUGCCGGCCUCCAGCACAGGCUCAUCGCUUAAUGCUGAAUGCAGAUGAAGACACUUCUAUCAAAGGCUCAGUCUCAAAAAGACAACCCAGUCAAAGACGGGUGAAAGGUGCUCCUUCCCCAUAUCACCCCAGUGGCUCUCAGCAGCUGAAGCCGUGUGACCGAACCCCUGUACCACCGCGCACAUGGACCAUGGGCCACGGCAACGUCUCUUCACCAACACACAUCUACACUGACAAGGGUGUCCCUCUCUCCAUGAUCUACAAUAUGCCAAUUGAUUUGCCAUACACGGUUCAGCCUAACUCCACCAUCGUUCAACAUGGCUCCCAGAGCGCUGCAGCUGUCAGGCACAAAAACGGCCCCUUCUUCUAUCAUCAUCCACAGUACUGGCCAGGGUUUUACACAGAAGUGUUACCGUGCAGCUCCCCCAGCUCCUUUCAGGUUCCAGAUAUGGCAGUAUCUUAUCAUCCAGCUGCCCCAUACUUCCAUUACAGCUAUUAUCCUACCUACACACUUGGCUACUUUCACCCGAGCGAUCACAAUCCAGACUGCUGGUCAGGUGGCAGUGGCGAUUCCAGGACAAGUGAUGUCAACCUGGACACCGUGUUUAAGAUUGUGGAUGAGCUUCAGAGUCCGCACAAGUUGAACAGUGUCCAUGUGUCCUCUCCAGACCAGUGCCCUUCCACCUCCACUGCAGAGAAAAGUCCAGCAGGAUUCAGCCAGCCAAAGACAGUGAGGGCAUCAUUAAUAGCAUCAUUUAAGAAGUCUCACCCAUUGUCUCUGUGCAACACCAGUGAGGAUGAGCGCCAGGACAGUCUCUUCAUCAGCAUCGUUAAGCUGGAGAGUCCAGAGAGCAAAGUGCCGCAGUGCCAGCCUCUGCUGGACAAGGCUCGGCUGGCGCUGCAGAGAGGGGCUCAGGCUGUCAUUUUUGAUAUCAGUGAUGAUGCCAGCGCUGCUAAUGAGCUGCGUGACUCAGGCUCCCUCCUGCGGCCGGUGGUGCUGGUUAAGGCAACGGAUGCCGAGGAGCUGAUGCUACUGGUCAAUAAGAACGAGGAAGCCAUGGUCGAGAUCAACAUCAAGGUGGAGACGCAAACAUGGCCUCCCUAUGAUGUGGGGAUCCUGCUCACUGUGGUGUUGGUUGUUCUGGCCAUCAUCAUGAUUUUUGCCUUUCGCUCUCGCUGCAGGUCCAACAGAACCUGGGACUCUGUCCACCAGCAGACCAUGCGGGCCAUCAGCAGGCUGGAGACACGGACAUACAGCUCUCAGGGCUGCUCGGGGGGCUCGCAGCGUUCCCGCGGGGGCCGGGGCUCCAACAGCAGCUCCAACUCUACCCCCAUCUGUGCCAUCUGCCUCGAGGAGUUCCUGGAUGGACAGGACCUGAGAAUCAUCUCAUGUGCGCAUGAGUUCCAUAAGGAGUGUGUGGACCCCUGGCUGCUCCAGCACCGAACCUGCCCACUCUGCAUGCACAACAUUAUGGGUACAGAGCUGGCAACUCGUCAACCUCAGCGAGGCCGCCCGCAGUCUCCUCCAGAGCACAGUCAGGCGUUCCUGCAUCCCCACCCUCACCUCUACCCCACAUCCCAUCCUUACUCCCAGCACCCUCUUCCCUUUUCCCUACGACCCCAUUACCCACGCGGCCCUUCUGGGCCUUACCCCCAACUAGGCCAUUAUAGUGGCUCACCUCCCCUUCACCCAAGCAGUCUACACUGCCUGACCAGCAGGCCUCUGGGAGCUAGCUGCAGUUAUCAUCUAGCCCCAGAUGGACACCGCGGCCGGCAUCACAGGACUUCAGGAGCGCACAGCUGCCGCAAUGUAGGACACCACUGCUCCACCCACCGCCGCUCCUGUCAUCACUGCCCUUCCUCAGGCAACCGCACACCCGGUACGCGGGUUACUAACCCCACUAACCACCACCACCAUCAUCACCAUGGAGCUCACGGAGUUGGAGGUUCGCAGGGCAGGCAGGACGACGGAAGCUGCUCGGGAGCAAGCUACCGCACGGAGCGCAGUGGCUACUUCCCCGACGGCCCGGCCAGUGACUCCAGCUCAGGCCCAUGCCACGGCUCAUCCAGCGAUUCAGUGCUCAACUGCACUGAUGUUAGCCUGCAGGGAGUCUUUGGCAGCCGCUCCACCUUCCGCAGCUCGCUCAGCAGCGAGUACGACCCUUUCCUCUACUACGGACAUGAAAACCUGGACGGCCCAAUAGCGGCUGCCAGGCCUCGUUCACUUGACUCUGGGGUCAAUCAGAUGGGGAGCGGCGUAGGAGGUGGAGGGUUCGGCCCUGACGAGCCGCAGCAGCAGGCUGUGUUCAGCCAUGUGCACUACCACAGACACAGACACCACUAUUAUGAUGAGGCUGAGCCAGGGCAAGGGCCUGGCCGGGGCUCUGACGAGGAGCAGGGGAGCGCAGGGGCGGCAGCAGGUGGCUCAGCUACUGCGUCUGCAGGUAAAGACUCGCCGGGCAGCCAGGACUCGGGUCCUUACCCUUGCCACUGCCCAAAACCGGACACUACAGAAAAGCUGAGCCCUGGCGGAGCAGAGGAUCGGGACUCGGGAUCCUCCUCCUCAGGCCCUUCUGUGCUGGUUUCCAGCUCUGCUCUCCCCUCUCCUUCUUCAGCCUGCUGCCACCAGGGACCGGGACGGCCACAACACCGGAAGACCAUCAGCUGUAGCCUGGAGGCUACCGCAAGACCUUUCCCGGCCGUGCACUUCCAUCAGAGCAUGGACCUCCAGGACGACUGUAGCAUCCACAUCCACUACGGGCAGGGCUCAGGGGGCUACUGCUGCCCCGCACCCCCGGACAUGGGCACCGCGCUGCUGCCCGUGCCGCUCAUCAUGGACUCGGGUGACUGGCCUUGCUGCAGCGGGGCGCACAGGGUGUGGCAGAAGCGAGUGCAUCAGGCCCAUUCUGAGCCCCAGCUGCUGGGCCCUAGCACUCCGCUGGACAGACCCCUGUGCAGGGCCCAUCACAGCCCCGGGCAAGAGCUGCCCACGGACACCUGUUUCUACUGCCAAACUGUACGCAAUAAUCAGGGAUCAGAGGAAGAGUCUGGUGUUUAAGAACUUUCUCCAUCCCCAAAACCUCACGCUGCUACACAAGAGCCGAAAUGGACAAAAACUUAUCGGCCUCUAUUUCUUUCUCUCUUUUUUUUGUCACUUGUUCACAGUCUUCGGAAUAAUUCCACAUCUCCCAACAGACUUCUUUACCCAGCAUCCCUCAGUUCUCAUAGUUGUGUCCAUAAUUAUAAAGGGCUGUUAAUUAGCUUGAUUUGAGGAAACGAGGCUAAUUUCUGGUUACAGUCAGGGUUUGGUUAGCGGUACAAUCCAGGUACUCUAGUCUGGGUGUUUGAACAUUGGGUCCAGUGAAUUCUUGCCACUACAGGUUCUGAACUGCCAGGUUCAGACUCCUUUAUCUGUACUCAUUCAUUCAGGUUUAACAUGAGUCAUUCAGUGAACUGAGGGAUGUUGGUCAAAUCUUUACAAAAGGGGUUUAUUUUUUAUUUUAUUAUUUUUUUUUCACAUUGUUAUGUAUUCUUUUCCUCUAGGAAACCAUACAAUACCUAAAUUCAAAGGAACGAGUCCAAGAAUUCCAUAGUUACCUCCAUGCAUCACCACAAACCCUUUAAAGAGUAGCACCCUGCUGAGAUCACAGUCUCUACAGAUCCAUCCUCCAGUUCAGCUGCCGUAUCCGGGUCAAUAUCAGUAUAAUGUGCCUUCUGUGUCCGCACCAUAGAGAAGAUAUAGAAGUACUAUAACGUUCAUUUUUAUAUGGUUUUCUUUUAUGUGGGGUAUGAGUUUUUACCAUGUGUGCAAUGCUGCCUGGUUAAGUUAAAUAUUUUUAAAUAAGUGGUUAAAUAACUUUUUUUUUUUUACAAAUAUUUGAAUCAAGCAUUUAUUGGACAUUUCACAACAAUAUCAAGCAAUUUAAAUAUGUCCAAAAAUUCCCUGUUUACCCUGUCAUCUUGCAAUAACCCCGCCCCUUCAAGAAAAUAUUCCUUGUUUUUAUUUUUUUACAUUCAGCAAUUAAUAUUAUUAAUUUCACUUCAUUUCUCAUAUUGACUACAUUUAGCUGUAGUAAAGCUUGUCUGCCGGGGUAAAAUAUCAUGGUAAUUUAAUGAAUUUUAGAAAAUCAAAAUGUGUCUGUAAAAUGAACAAUUAAUAAUGUUUGCAACUCUAGGUCCACCCUUUUGUGCAUUUGUCCACCCUGUCACUCAUUUGUCUACCCCGUCAUUGUCCAUCCUGUUCUACACCUGUCCACCUUGUCGUGCAUUUGUCUACCCUGUUGUAUAUUUGUCCACACCCUCUUUGUCCACCCUGUCAUGCAUGUGUCAACCCUGUCAUUGUCCACCUUGUUAUAUACAGUUAUAUACAGUAGUCUAACCUGUCGUAAAUGUGUUCACCCUGUCAUUGUCCACCCUGUUGUUAAUUUGUUUAUCCUGUCAUUGUCCACCUUGUCAUGCGUUUGUCUACUCUGUCAGUGUCCACCCCAUCAUUGUCCACCCCAUUAUUGUCCACCCUGUUAUGCAUUUGUCUAACCUGUCAUUGUCCACCCUUUCAUAGAUUUGUGUACCCUGUAAUUUUACAUCUUGUCAUGCAUUUGUUUAUCCUGUCAUUGUCCACCUUGUUAUUGUCCACCUUGUCAUGCAUUUGUCUACUCUGUCAGUGUCCACCCCAUCAUUGUCCACCCUGUUGUGCAUUUGUCCACCUUGUCAAGCAGCUUGCUGUAACAGGCUAGACAGGCAAUUCAACGUUUUAAGAGAUUAAGCUAGGAAGCUAUGUUUUUGAUGUAGUCCAAAGUCUUAUAAAUAUAAUAUAUUGUCAGAUAUUAAUAGAAUUAAAAAUGUUAAGUAAUUUUAUUUAAAGUUAUGAGGAUCAGAAGGCACAGUAUUCUGAUAAUGACCCAUCGUCUGGUUCGGUUGAGACUGUAUUUGAUGUUGGUUUAUUUGAUAUGCACCACUAUAUGAUGUCAUAUCCUGUAAGCUACUUGUGACAUGGAAGGCCCUCGGAACUCCACCCUGUUACUCUUCUCCGCUGUCUUAUCUCUGACAACCAUGAUGUCAUCUUUCUUCAUUCGAUGAUGUCAUUCAUUGGGCUGCAUUCAGCGCCUACGGCCCGCCCCUUUCUUUUUGUCUCAACUUCUCCAGCCUACCUCAGAUAACCAAUCAGAAAAGUCUUGUUGUUUGUGUGUGAGAUGGUACUUCCAAAAAUACAACUUCUUGCCUGGCGCUCGUCUCUGCGUACCUACUGGUUUAAAUGGUGAACCGGUGGAGAGACUGGGUGUUUUACACAAAUCUGUCCUUUUUUUUAUUUUUUAAAGAAAGCAAAAAAAAGGAUUUGCUGACUGUCUGGAGGUCAUUAAGGGUCUUGUGUUCGUUAAUUCGAGAAAGGCAGCUGUCAUUUGUGUCAUUUUUUUAGUUUAUUUGUGUCUUUUUUUAUUUUGUCCUCUUUGUCAAAAAACAGAGCAAACUGACUGAAAACAGAUUAGCAUUAGCAUAUACGCUAAAGAUGAGAGAUGCUGCAUUCUGCUCCAAGUCAUUUCAUGGCCCCCACACCGACUGGUGAUCUUCAGAUCUUCAGAUCUACGUGCACAGUGGUUGUGGUGAAGCUCGGGCUAAAGGAAGGAUGGCACUGCCCACUCGUGCACACUUUCCUCGCUGACCCUUUAACUCACACGCGUCUCUUUUACACUUUUACACAUGAAUCCAUAAAGACGUGAUCAUUUCAGAAACAGACACCAGCAUCCAAGCUUGCCUAAAGUGCCUCUUUACCAGACUGCUCACUAUAAAAUACUAAAUGUCUGUUUUUAUUAACUUCUCAUUGGUUGGUUGUUUUAUUUUGAAGUUAUGGGAAAAGCCACGGUCAACAAAUCUCAAAAAAAGCUCAAAUAAAAGAAGAAAAAUUUAAAUUGGUACAAGGCGAUAUAUCAAUAAAUGAAAAUAAUAUUAUUUUAAUUUGACAACUAUUUUUGCCACUGAUAUCAUGAUGAUUUAAUAGCAUAAAAAUGUAUUUACACCAUUUUACAGACCAAUAAACGUAAACUUUAAUAAUAUCCAGACAUUUGAAAUUGUCAGAAUUGUGCAAUAUACAGUUCUGAAAAAAACGUGCACAAGAGAGCACUUCAGUUUCUGAAUCAGUUUCUCUGAUUUUGCUAUUUAUAGGUUUAUGUUUAAGUAAAAUGAACAUUGUUGUUUUAUUCUAUAAACUACAGACAACAUUUCUCCCAAAUUCCAAAUAAAAUAUUGUCAUUUAGAGCAUUUAUUUACAGAAAAUGACAAAUGGCAGAAAUAAAAAAGAUGCAGAGCUUUCAGACCUCAAAUAAUGCAAAGAAAACAAGUUCAUAUUCAUAAAGUUUUAAGAGUUCAGAAAUCAAUAUUUGGUGGAAUAACCCUGGUUUUUAAUCACAGUUUUCAUGCAUCUUGGCAUGUUCACCUCCACCAGUCUUACACACUGCUUUUGGAUAACUUUAUGCCACUCCUGGUGCAAAAAUAAGCAGUUCAGUUUGGUUUGAUGGCUUGUGAUCAUCCAUCUUCCUCUUGAUUAUAUUCCAGAGGAUUUCAAUUUGAUAAAAUCAAAGAAACUCAUCAAUUUUAAUAAUCUCUUAUUUUUUUCCAGAGCUGUAAAUAUUAAAAAUAAAUAAAUAAAUAAAUAAAUUUCUUAGAAAACAUAAUAGGCAAUACUGAGGUCAGCAAAAAAAGGUUGUAAACAUAAUUAUUGUGACAGUAAGAGAGGUCAGUUUUUGGCACUUGGUCUGUUUCUCCAAAACAAAGUGUAAUAUAUUGAAAUUUACAAUAAAUUCGACUUAUAUUUUGCAAUAUACCCAUUCUAAAAUGGGCAGCUAACCAGUACCAAGUAUCAUCUUAAAGAUCACCACUGAAGUAUCUCUUCAAAAGAGAGUUCUGCCGAAUGUUCAACAUUUUCUUAGCAUUUUUAGUCACUUUUUAGUGAUGUUAACAAAUUAUUUGUGGUGGUUCAAUACCAAAAGCUCUGUUCUGUAAAAAGAAAAUACCAGCUUCAAAUUUCUUUACAGUGGUGGUAGAAACCAGGCUUUGCAAAUGUAGUAUUCAAUUUAUUUUCAGACUCAUUUUUUAUAUGUUGAGCUUCAUAAAUAAAUAAAGAAAUAAAUAAAUAAGUAAAUGGUAGAGAAUAGUAAGCCUAUUCAUGCCUAGAAAACAGGCAAAGGGCCCAGUGAUGGUACUUUAUUUAUCUGCUGUGAAUUUAUUAUCAAAAUGUAAAAAAUGUAUUAAUGUUAUAUAUCUGUUAAUACCUUCCCUAUUGUGUGUGUUCAUGUACUGCCCCCAUUAAGGGGCACUAAACCUCCUUCACCCUCUGCUCAAACUUGAAAAAAAAAGCUAAAAAAAUGAGGGAAGUAGUUUGGGUGGGGCAGUGAGUGAUGUAUGGGUUUAGAGAAGGGGGAAAGUAUUACAGUGAUAAAUAUAAAAAAUAAAAUAAAAUCAAUUAUAUUCAAUUUAUAUUUUUUUAUGUGUUUUAGGUCAAAAUAUUGUCUCAGAAAUUAUAAAUUCUCAUGUUUCAGACACCAGAAAUGUAUAUUUUCAUUGUCUAGGUGUCUAGUUUGAUUCACCACCACUGUGAAAAAAUCUUGUAACUUUUUCAGAACAGCGCGUUUCACACCCAUUUAUAACAAUGCAGAAGUUUGAAAAAUGUGGACUCCCUCUUUAAUAAAUAUCAAAAGUUACAAUAAAACACUGGAAAUAACCAAGAAAUUAAUAUUUAAUAUAAAAAAUUGGUCAUAUUUGAAGAUAAUAUAUCAAAUUUGUAUCCUGAUCAUUUAGAUCUAAUACAGUAAAAGCCAUUUCAGUUCAUUUUUCCUAAUGUGUGUUUUUUCUGUCUGCAGGAUUUCCCAUUAAAUGUUUUGUACAGCUCUUCUCAGUAGCAGGUCAAUCAGGCCAAAGACCUCAGAUAUAGGCCGUGUUCUACUGCAGCUUCUAUAUUUGCCCUUAUUUAAGCUUGUAAAAUCAAAAUUCUCAAUCUAACACACAUUACAGGAGAUUACUACAGUUAUCCAUGUUUUUACUUUAUUGUUCAUUGGUUAACAUCUUUGCGAGAUACUGUAUUUGGCUAAAAUGAGGAGUUUAACCUUGAAAAAUACUGUUUUUCUUUUAUCUUCUGAAAAACAAACGAAACCACUAUUGAUCCUACAAAUCCUACAUAUUUCAGCAAGCGGCUGCAGCAGCAGCUUCAUUGCAGAGCCAGCAGAAUCCCUUACUAAAACCAAAACCAAAGUCUUUUAUAUCAAUAAAAAAAGAGGAAAUUAAUAAAGGGUUUUAAGAGUCAUGUGACUAUAUGAUAUCCAUCCAUACACAUAUUGUUUAUGUUGAAUAAUAUAAAUCAUACGAUUGUGAGAAUAUGGUUCUCAGUCAAUAUGCUGUCAAUAUAAAAGUGCUCUUAUUUUGAAUUGCCGUGAGUUUGCCUUACAGGAGAGCAGCUUUGCACUCUGCAGUGUUUCCUUCUAUAAAACCGUGUCUUAUAAUAAAACCAGAUCAGCACUUCAGCUUUAGGAAAAAAACACACACUGAUUCAGGAGAGGAACUCUCAAACAAAACAAGCUAAGCGUUAUGUAGCUACCAGAACCAGGAAACAUCACGGGAAUCUAACGGAAUGUCACUGAGCGUUAAGGGUGAUUUUAUUUCCUUUUGGUCUAUCAUUUUAUUUUUUUUAUUUCAUUUUGUUUAUUUUACUGUUUUAUUUUUGUUCUGUUUUGUUUAUUUUGUUGUUGUUUUUUUUCAUGGCGAAUGAGCUGAAAACUGCCUUCUAACAGAGCAAAUUCCCUCCAGAACCCGAAGGGAUAUGCCAGUAUAUUUUCAAUAUUUUGAAUAAAAAACAAAAACCAACAAAAAAAAAGACAAAAACUUUUAAUGAGAUAAAGUGUUGCAUUUUAUAUAUAAUAGACAUUUUUAUAUAUAAUAAAAACAUUUCAAUAUGGUAAUGUCACUAAUAUAUUUAUUUACUAAUAUAUUUAUCCAGUGUUUUUGUCCAGGUUUGAGGAAAAAUGAAAAAAAAAUGUUUUGUUUUUUUUCCCAGUUUUGGAAUUUUAUCUUUAUGAAACUUACGACUGCCAUCAUAGAUGUAUCAGCCUGGCAUCCAUUCCAAUUAUAUACAAAUAAAUUAUUUUUAAAUAAAAA